AUGUUUCUGGGAAACAGCUCCACACCAGCAAUAAACACGUCCUCUCGCAGCAAUGGCUACGCCAUUAAUAAAAAAAAGAAGCGAACGGCGGCGCCGAGUGGCCGCGAAGAGGCCAACUGUGCUACGCCGGACGGACCCGGAGCCACACGAAGUGGCGGAAUGUGCCUUAGCCAAGUCAGUCUGAGUCGGAUCGCUUCGAGUGACGGUUGGAGUGUUGUUUUGACUUGCCCGGUUCCCUCGCCACCUCAAGUGUACUUCCUGCCAGCGCCUCGCGUUCGCCGUGCACCUCAGAAUGCAGUGGAGGGUGAAUUCAUUGGUUCUGUUUCACACAAUGCAACUGAUGGCGAAUUUCUCUCGGCACUUUCAGGUCAGCCGGCGCUCCUGGACUCGCGCUGCUACUUGGACGGCGGCGGAUCAGCCGAGAGCUUCCUGGCCAGCGAAGACGUGGCCGUGGGCGCCGUGAUCGGCAAGUUGCGCAUCAACGGCGAUCCCAGUCCGGAGCAUGGUGACAUCAAAUUGUCUCUCCGUGAGCGCGAUUCGCCGGUGGCGAUCGCUCCCGGCUCCAAGGACAUCGUGCUGGUGACACCGCUGGACAAGGAGGGUGUCCGAGGUCCAUCAUCGGUGUACGUAAAUGUGAUUUGCGACCGUAGACACAGCAACGAUCCGAGUUUCGUCAUUCCGGUGAACAUUCGAGUGACGGAUGUGAAUGACAACGCGCCUCAGUGGGUCGGGGCGCCCUACUCCCUCACCCUGUCGGAAGUCACGGUCCCGGGAACGAGGAUUCUCCAAGGCGCCAGAGCAAUGGACCUGGACCAGCAGGGCCCGUUCUCAACGGUGGAAUACUCAGUGCUGCCUGGACCACACUCAGAUGUCGUGUCCUUUGUCAGUCCUCUGGAAGGCACCUUGAUCCUGCGGAAACCUCUGGACUACGAGACACUGAAGAACUUCACAGUGAAGCUGCGCGCUCAGGAUCAAGGCACACCUCCUAAAUUCUCAGACACAACUCUGAGAGUCACAAUCACGGAUGCCGAUGAUCAGAAUCCCAAGUUCCUCAAGGAGUCCUACAGGGGCGAUCUGCCAGUCGAUGGAAAGACCGGAGAACUGCAAAUUCAGCCUGAGCCUAUAAAGGCAUUGGAUCAGGAUGAGGGCCUUCGAGCCACUCUUCAGUACUCAAUUGCUCCUUCUCCAGAGUCGAGAUACUUCUCAAUUAAUGCCAGAACUGGUGUGAUCUCCUUGACCACACCACUAAAUCCAAUAGACGUGGCUCAGACAGUUACAUUGGUCAUUAAAGCUACUCAGCUCGACAAUCCCGAUCGGUACGCUUUAACGACUCUCGUUCUAUCUCGACGAGACUCCAAGCAAAGUGGCGCACAGCUCGCAUUCCUCCAGCCUCGCUAUCAUGCUCGCGCUAGAGAGGAUUUGGGCGCAGGGAGUCGCAUCCUCGUGCUCACGACAAAUCGUCCUGGACGCACUCUUCGCUACCAGAUCCUAGACAAGACGCAGGCGAUGAUCUUCUCGGUCUCCAACAUGGGAGAAGUGUUGCUGCAGAAGUCGCUGGACUAUGAGAAUGCCACUCGCCACACCUUCGACGUGAGAGUGACGGAUGGCGUGAGCAAUGCCACGGCCCAGGUGACAGUGGAGGUGAUUGACGUGAAUGACUGGGAGCCGAGAUUCCGCGAAUCUCACUAUGAGUUCGUUGUCCCCAAAGCGAUGCUCACCGCUGAACCUGUGGCACUGGGCAAGCUCGAAGCGGCCGACGGAGACCGAAACGACAGGAUUGUGCUGGACCUUAAGGGAUCCCUGGCGGAUCUCUUCAGCAUUGACUCCAGGGGCGUUCUCUGGCUGCGCCGCGAGAAGCCCAACGUGACGAUGGUGAAUCUCAUUGCAACGGCCACGGACAACGGCCAGCCGCCCAAGAGCACCUCAGUUCCCGUGUCAGUGAGGAUGGAGGGCCUGGCGCUGGCCCAAUCCACUUGGGCUCCAGGAGUGCUGGGCGCCUUUGGCGUGGUGCUGUCACUCUUCAUUCUCGCUACCAUCGGACUCUCCAUUUACAUUUACAAAAGCAAAAAUCCCAAAACUGCCAACAGAAUCCACAGUCAGGCCAACAGCACAACCUCUGCAUCGAAUCUCGUGAACAACGAGAAGAAGUCAGGAGUUGCGGCUGGUCUUCAGUUGGCUGGAGGCAAUAUGACACUGGGAAACCCGAUUAGAGGCGGUCACGGAGGAUCGGGAAGCAGUCUCAGUGUUGGGGCAUCCACAAUAUUGGCUGCCAGCCUCGAGAGAGAGGCUCAAAGAGAGCGGGAGCGAGAGCGUGACAACUACACAGCGACUGUUAGAAGCAUAAUCUCGAGAGCUUCAGCUGCGAGAAAUGGCCUUUACGAUGGCGAUAUUGAGAGGGAUUCCAUCUCAAAUCCCGACAUCGCGCGAACAACCUGGGGCGAAUCGGCGUCGAAUAACAAUUUGGCGAGGAAGAAAUUGAGUUGGAGUGGAAAUGGUGACGCCGGCAAGAACGAAAUAGGUUCCUUAGACAAUAUCGGUGGUUCCACGGAGAACAACCUGACUGUCUACUUCUGAUACUUUCCAUCUGCUCAAGCAUUUACUUGUGAUUCCAACGAACUCAUACAACAAAUCGAGAUUGUCGCCAAAGGUGUGCUUUUCCAAACAAUUUACACGUUGUACCAGUAUUUUUAAGUGUAAACUCAUUAGAUUGAUAGACUUAAAUUAGAUUUAGAGCAAUUGCUAUGUAUAUUAUUUGUAAAAAAAAAACUCGAAAUGAAUACUUUUAGAGUAA